AUUCUGCGUCGUUUCCAAGCAAAUAGGGAGAAGGAAAGAGUGAAGGCGCGAGUGCAAGACCUGCCGGGGGAGGCGGACUUGAAUAGAAGAAAACUCUGUCUAGAUACCGCAGAUCUCCUCUUCGCCUCCCCACAGCAAACAACUGCUGCUAUACAGGACCUCCUAGCUCCGGAGCAGAAGCAGCAACAGCAGCAACAACAGCAGCAACAAGAGGAGCAGAAGCAGCGCGUCAAACAGCUUCCGGAGCCGCAAGACGGCUGCGAAACGGAACAGCGUCUAAAGCCUGGUACAAUUGCAGCAGCAGCAGCAGCUGCUGCUGCUGCUGCUGCUUCUGCUGCUUCUAGUCCUAAGGAAGGUAAAAGCUCAGCCGGACACUCAAAAUCGCCAACCCCGAAUACGAAAGACAAAAGGGACAACGCAGAAAAUUGUCCUCUCACGAGGAGAGGAAAGGCAGCAGCAGCUGCUGCUGCGGCGGCUGCGGCUGCUGCUGCAGGGAAAUCCCCAGGGACAACCACCACGUCCGACGAAAAGGAACGACCCCAACAGCCGAGGCGCCCUAAGAGCCUGCGAGUGAAACAGCAGCAGGAGCAACAGGAGCAGCAGCAGCAACAGGCCCGCACAGCAGCAAGGCUUAGAAGGUCUUCUGUUGAGGGUGAGGAGAGUGGUGAAGAGACAGAGAAGAAUUGUCUUUCUCUCCCAAGUCGUGGUGACUCGUCUCUUACUGACACAGCAGGGGGUGAAGAGACACCUGAAGUUGCUGAGGUAGGAGACGCCGGUGAGGCAGCGCGCAUUGCUGGAUGUCUCUUUGCUGCAGCAGUCCCUUCUUUUGUGUGUGACGAAAAGUUGUUUCAGUGUCUCUUUUUGCCUCUAAAGGGAGACAAGGGAGACAAGGGGGACAAAGGAGAUAUUAAAAUCCCACAGAGUUACAGCGAUAUGCUUAAUGGGCAGCGGCUGCUGGCCCGCUGCUGCCUUCUGCAGGCCUUUGCAUUGCUGCUGGCUGCAUGCGGUGUAAAGGCCGACAACUGCAGCAGGAAGCAACUGCAGCACCUUGCGGCAGUAGUUCGAGACAUGAGCAUUGAAGAUGCAGCUGCAGUUGCUGCAACAGCAGCAGCAACAGCAGCAACAGCUACUGCAACUUCGCCUAGUGGCGGUACCACCGCAGCUUCUGUGUCUCCACCAGGAACAACUCUCAAGAACGGAAGCAACAGCAGCAACAGCAGCAACAGCAACAACAGCAGCUGCAGUGGCAAGUUGGCACUUGCAGCGAUGAAGCCAUCUACUGCAAUGUCUGCAGCAGGUGCUGCUGCAGGUGCUGCGGGUCGCAAGGCACCUGCAGUAGAAGGGGUAGGGAGACAGGGAGAAUCAAAAGGCGUUGGUAUAGCUCGUUUGUCUCUGUUAAACCGAAAUCCUUGUUGUUCUCUUUGCGGCCGUCUGGGCUCUAGCUGGCAGCAGCAACAGCAGCAACAGGGGCACGGCGAGCAGCAGCAGUGGGUAGGGGAGCCGCUGCAGCGGUGUCAGUUGUGCAAUGUCAAGGUCUGCAGGACCUGCUGGGGGACAGUAGAAAGACAGCCGCUGUCUGCUUCCUUAAUAAGCGAAGCAGCAGCAAGGGCUGUGCGGUUGCAGCGUAGACGGGCUUGGAAGGAUGGCAGCACGAAGCAGCAACCUACAGCAGCAGGAGCAGCAGGAGCAGGUGGAGGGACAGGAUCGGGAGACGAUCCCAAUGGGAUGUGUGAGGAGGCAGCAGGAGACCCGUGGGUCUGUCCCCGCUGCGAGUGUCUCCUUUCAGGGGACUUACCUUCUGUUGCUGCUAGCCGCUGUCUCCUCUGCAGCAGAAUUGACGGAGCAGCAGGACACCGCAUCCUACUGACCCUGUAUGUGGGGAGCCACAGUGGUUUCAUUGUCUCUGUGCGGAGGGACUUGUCCCCCCUCGAUUUGCUGCUCUACCAACAGAGUCCCUUCGCAGCAUCGCGAGGACUGCCUUCGAUAAACCUUGCUGCUACUGCGGCCAAAAGCAAGGGGCAACCAUCAGCUGCAGCAACAACGGGAAUGGCAAUCGAUGCUCCUACGUCGCAGACCCAAUUGAAGAAUCCGCCUAAUGCCCACAAGGCGCCUGCAGCAGCUAGAUCAUCAUCAGCAGUAACAACAGCAACAGCCGACAGCCGGCUUGCACGGGGAGGCUCCUCACCCUCCAAGCCUUCGGACCCUUUGUUUCUCAUAACUUCAAAUCCCAUCGAAUACCUGCAGCACAACUUCCUCCCAGGUAUUCUGCUGGCUGGACCACUGCACUCAAAGCCGUCGCGCACACCAGGAGCACCGGGAGCACCAGCAGCUUCAGGAGGAACAGCAGCAGCAGCAGCUUCCACGUCAGCCGCAUCAGGAGGAGAAUGCAGCGGUGAGGACAAAGCAGUGGAGAAUGGGAAGGGAGGAGGGUCUCAGCCUGCUGCAGCCGGAACAGGGGCAGCAGGAGCAGGUGAAGCUGCAGCAGGAGCAGCUGAGUCGGAUGAUGACUUUGAAGAUGGCAACAAGACGCCUGCUCCUCCCUCUCCGAUGCAUCUGGCAGAGCAGCAGGAGCUUCUGCAGCUGACACGAGUUGUUGCUGCAGAGGCCCAGAGGAAGCGAGGUGGAGAGGGGGCCCCUUUGUUUGGCCCUACACAAGCAGAAGCAGCAGCAGCAGCAGGAAGCAGCGGCAAGGAAGACGACCUGUUGCUGCCCCAGCCUAAACAGCCUAGUAGCCCAACCAAACGCAGUUGGAAUCUGUUGCAAGGAGACUGCACUCAAAGAGAAACCAAGAGACGACGGGAAGAUGACACCGCAGCAGUAGAUGUAGCAGAAGGAGCAGCAGCAGGGCCCCGCAUGCCUCGGCCUCCGCCACCGCAGGUGUCCGCGUCUGCUGCAAUGCUGUCUGCCCAGUGGUAUGGAGGGGCAUGUGGAGGUAUGUUGCCUGUGGGUGUCUCUACCUCUGCUGCAGCGGAAGAAGCAGCACCGCAGCAGGAGCAGCAAAACUCAGCAGAAGCAGCAGCGCCAGAAGAAGAUGCAGACGCAAAGCCUGUCUUCUGCCCUAUCUGCAAUGGACUCUACAAAGAACUGCCGGGGGGCGGACCCGGGGAUGGGCUUCACUGGAUCGGCUGCGACUGCUGCUUACAGUGGUACCACUGGCUGUGCUCUGGCUACACAGACGAUCAGCCUCCUCCAGCUAACGAGGAUUGGUAUUGUUAUUUCUGUGCAACGCGAGUGAGAGCAGCAAUGGAGAAGAAAAACAAGGAAAAGAUGGCAGCCAAAGCUCAGCAACAACUCCACUCAGCCUCUGCAGCACAGCAGCAAAUGCAGCAGCAGCAAAUGCACCAGCAGCAAAUGCACCAGCAGCAACAACUACUAAACGCCUCUGCGCCCAAGAAGGUCAACGCGUAA